GGCUUCUCAUGUGGCCGGCGCGCAAUAUGGCGGCGUCCAUGGCGAGCGCGGGAACGGGGCCGCGCUGAGCGCGGGGUCCCGGAGCCGGUACCGGGCAGCGGAGCUGGGACCGCCCGGCAAUGGCGGAGGGGCCGGGACGGGCCAGGGCUGGCCCGGCCCGGAGCCACUCCCCAGAUCCCAUCCAGGACGUGCUUGGAGAGCUCCUGGGAUCCGAUGACGAGGCCCCGGCUCCGCCUUCCCGAGGUUCCCGCGCCUCCUUCCUGCAGGAUCCGGAUCCAGUGGAUCCCAUGGAUCUCCGGGAUCAGCUGGACGAGGUGGACGAGCUGGAUGCAGAAAUCCUGGGAAUGGCCAGAGCCGGGUCCAGAACGGGGAAACGCGGCGGGAAGGGGCCGGGCCCCCAAAAAGCCCCGCCCCGUGCCGAUGUCACCUUUGGGGACGACGUCGAUGACCUGAUGGAUUCCCUGGGGCUCGGCAGCGACGGAGCCGGGAGCGCGCCGGGAACACCACGGGGUGCCACCCCGCCUGUGCCCAGCCAGGGGCUCCGGAGGGGCCGCGCCGGGACCCAGGAGCAGCCGGGAAAGGCGGAACUGGAACUGCAGAGGGAGCCCCAGGGGCAGGAGCAGCCGGGGCCGGGAUUUCCCUUCGGAUCCUACGAGCCCUCGGUGGCCUCGGGGACCGGGCGGAGACGGGGACGGAGAUGUUCCGUUGGGAGCAGCUCCCGACGUCCCUCCGGGGCCGAUUGGCUGGGGCUGAAGGAUGAGGAUUUCCUGGGACUGGGGGACGAGGAUUUCCUGGGAAUGGGACAGAAGGACAAGGAUCCCACAGGAAUGGGACAGAAGGACAAGGAUCCCACAGGAAUGGGAUGGAAGGACAAGGAUUUCCUUGGACUGGGACAGAAGGACGAGGAUUUCCCAGGACUGGGAUCAAAGGACAAGGAUCCCGCACGAUUGGGAUCAAAGGAUGAGGAUUUCCUGGGACUGGGAUCAAAGGCCAAGGAUCACCCAGGAUUGAGAUUGAGGAACAAGGAUUUCCCAGGAUUGGGACAGAAGAACAAAGAUCCCUCAGGAUUGGGAUCAAAGGACGAGGAUUUCCCGGGAUUGGGAUCGAAGGACAAGGAUUUCCUUGGAUCAGGACAGAGGGACAAGGAUUUCCCAGGAUCGGGACGGAAGGAUGAGGAUCCCCUGGGAUUAGGACAGAAGGACGAGGAUUUCCCAGGACUGGGAUCAAAGGACAAGGAUCACCUGGGAUUGAGAUUGAAGAACAAGGAUUUCCUUGGACUGGGAUCAAAGGACAAGGAUCCCUCAGGAUUGGGAUCAAAGGACAAGGAUUUCCCAGGAUUGGGACAGAAGAACAAGGAUUUCCUGAGAUCGGGAUCAAAGGAUGAGGACUUCCUUGGACUGGGACAGAAGAACAAGGAUCCCUCAGGAUUGGGAUCAAAGGAUGAGGAUCACCCGGGAUUGGGAUUGAGGAACAAGGAUUUCCUUGGACUGGGAUCAAAGGAAAAGGAUUUCCUGGGAUCGGGACAGAAGGACAAGGAUCCCACAGGACUGGGACAGAAGAACAAAGAUCCCUCAGGAUUGGGAUCAAAGGACGAGGAUUUCCCGGGAUUGGGAUCGAAGGAAAAGGAUUUCCCGGGAUUGGGACACAAGGACGAGGAUUUCCCGGGACCGAAGGCCGAGGACCCCCCCAGCCCCGGUGCCCCCAGAUCCCUACGGAAUUCCCACCCCCGGAGGGUCCCGGAGCCCCCCGAGCCCGGCAGGCUGGAGCCCCCCCGCGGGCAGGUGGCACCAGGUGACACGGCACAGGUGGCACCAGGUGACACAACACAGGUGUCACAGGUGGCAGCAGCCAUGCAGGAGGUGCCAGGUCCUGCCACGCCCGCCCAGGAGGAUCUGGUGUGGGAUCCAGCCCCAUCCCGCCCGGAGAAUGCCCGAGCUCUCCCAUCCUGGCUCUGCCCGGAGCUUCCCGCAGCAUUCCCAGCCCGGAGGCACCAGGAGAAUCUGGGAUCCUCCCCAUCCCAACAACGCCAGCUCCAGGAGGAUUUGGGAUCUCUCCCAUCCCAGCCCCACAAGGAUUUGGGAUCUCUCCCAUCCCAGCCCCACAAGGAUUUGGGAUCUCUCCCAUCCCAGCCGCCCCAGAAGGAUUUGGGAUCUCUCCAUUCCCAGGACCAUCCCGGCUAUGGGGUCGCCCUGCAGACGCUCCAGGCCCGGCUGGAGGAGCUGGAGAACCAGGUGCGGGCGCUGGAGCUGGAGCGGGCGCGGUGGCGGGGCCAGGCCCUGCAGGAGCUCCCGGAGAGCUGCCCCAGAUCUUUGGAUCACCCCAGAUCCCAGAACCACCCCACAACUCAGAAUCACCCCGGAUCCCAGGACCCCCCCAGACCCCAGGAGCAGGACGAGCAGCUCUCAGCGCUCCAGGCCAGGCUGUGCCGGCAGCAGCGGGACGCGGAGCGGGAGCAGAGCCGGCUCCAGGAGGCCGUGGCUGACCUGGAGACCAGGCUGGGGGAGCGGGAGCAGCUCCUGGAGCAGGAGCGCCGCCGCGCCGCCGCCGAGCGCAGCCGUGCGGAUUCCCUGCGGGAGGCGCUGGAGGAGCAGCGCCGGCUCUCGGCUCAGCUGCUGGCCAUGGAGAGGGCGGCGCUGGACGAGGCCAAGGCAGCGUGGCUGGAGGAGCAGCGGGCGGAGCUCCGGGAGCGCUCCGAGGAGCGGCAGCGCCUGGCGGCCGCGUGGGCCGAGCUCCGGCAGCGGGAGCGGCUGGGCCGGGAGCGGGACGAGCAGCACCAGGAGCGAGCCCUGGGCCUGGACACGGCGCUGAGGAGCCUGGCCAAGGAUCAGGCAGAGCUGAAGUUCCGGAGCCGGGAGCUGAGAUCCAAGGAGGAGCAGCUGGCCAGGGACAGGGAGGAGCUGGAGGAGGCCUGGAGGGAGCUGAGGCUGGAGAAGGAGAAGGUUCUGAGGGCUGAGCAGCGGCUGCAGGAGAGGGAGGAGGAGAUCCGUGAGCUGGCCGAGCGCUCGGCGCAGCAGCAGCAGGACGGGCAGCGGGCGCUGCGGGAGGCGCGCCGGGCGCAGCAGGAGCAGCGGCAGCGGCUGCAGGAGCUGCAGGAGCAGCAGGAGCGGCUGCGGCAGCAGGAGCAGCGACUGACACAGGGCCGGCACAGCCUGGAGCGGCAGCGGGAGCAGCUCCGGGAGCUGCAGGAGGAGCUGGGCCCCGCCCUGGGGACAGGGACAGGGACAGGGACACUGCCAGGGACAGGGACACCGCUGGGGACACCGCUGGGGGCUCCAGUGGCCUUGGGGACACUCCUUGGGGACAGGGACACUCUGCUGUCCCCUCCUGCAGCCUCUCCCGGGUUCCUGCCAGCCCUGGGGACGCUCCUUGGGGACAGCGGGGACAGCGCGGCCGCGCUCUACGGACACGUCCUGCUGCUGAAACACCGCGCCAGGAUGGAUCACGAUUUCCUGCAGAGCGAGCGGCUCUUCCUCGACAGCCUCAAAAAAGGGCCCUGACCCCAAUGGAGCUUUGUGAAAAUAAAUAUAAAAAUAAAAAUAUUUAUUUAUUUA